AUGCCCCGCUCGUUCUCCCCCGACAGAAUCCGCGUCUUCUCCGCCACCGGCGAAGAAAUCACCGGCACCCCCGAAGCUGCGCUCUCCCUCCGCCAGCUCGAAGGGCUCGAACCCAUGGGUGACGGCACCUUCACCAUCCCCGACCCCGACGAGAUGACCACUCUCGACAUCCAGGGCAUCCACUGGGAGAUCAACCGUGUCCAGCGCCGCAUCGAGAUGAACGAGCGGUACAGUAAACUAUGCGCUCAGCAACUGAUGUUCAUCCAACAGACGAAGUUGAUCAAGGACGCUGCGAAGAUGGCCUUGGACGUCAAGGAGAAGUACCCUGAGAUUCUGUGGGGAACGGCGGAGGAAGUGAGUAUCAGGGUCGUGCUGCAGGUCGCUGCGAGGCAGCUGGGGGAGGAUAAUCGGAAAUUUGAUGAGGAGAUGGUGGAUUGCAAGAGUGAGCUACAGUUGCUGGAGGAGCAGCUGGCGGCGGAGACGCGGAAGUGUAGAGAGUGCUAUGCGGAGAUUUUGAGGGAGUAUGGCCUGAUGACUGAGGGUCUGGAGUAG